CUGUCAAAAUCACUUCCACUACUUCUUCCUUCAAGAGCCAGCGUUCUGGAAGUUCAAUUAAUUUCCGAAAUCCAUUUCCAAAUUCUCAGCUGACGCAAGAAAUUCGAGAAUGAUGGCGAUUUGAGAAUUAUUCCUGAGAAUUUGAAAAUUUCUUCCUUGUUCCCUUAAAGAAACGAAAUUUCAUAAGUAUUGGAGCUUCCAAUUUGGUCGAUUUUAAAAAAACUCUCCGAUCUCAUUUUCUCAGAUCGUCGGAGCUGAUCUCAUGAAGCUUAGAAAGCGAAGCAGAUCUGUGAAGAAAUAAUCCAGAAUCGGCAUUGGAAAUUAAACAAAAAGGCAAAAAGAAAUCACAGUCAACGGUUUUUGAUGCUUCUGUAAUAACCCCAGAGACUUUGACACCUGUCUACACCAAAUCUAAUUAACCCGAACGUUGUUCAAGGGACGAGACGACAGAGACAAAGGCUUUUAAGUAAAGCUCAAAAAAGAAGUUUAGCUUGAAUCUGAAGCAGAAAAAGAGGGCUUUAGAUCAAAGUUGUAUAGGUUUUCUCAGGCAGGCCUUUGCUUUAGUUUUGAAAGCACACACCGCUCUGCAGAACUGCAAAAAGCUUAAACGAGAGGCCUCCUGACUUGGACUGCGAUAUAUCAAAGCGUAAAAAAAGGCCUUUUUAUCAAUACAAAAGCCAAAGUACUCUCUGAAUUAUCCUCAUCAAUGCAAUAGGACAUACAGCCAACCCCACCUGCACCACUCUCUCUAAUCACACUCCUCUCUCCUCUCUCUUUCUCUCACUACUAAUCCUAAUCAUAACAACUUUCUCUCUCCCUCUAGAACUUGGAAAAAAGAGAUAAGAAAGCAAAACAAGAGAGAAAAGAUCAAAACCCAGAAGGCGGUUUCGUUUUUGAAUGAGUUGUAGUGUGAGAAAGGCAUGAAAGUGCUAUGGAGGUGGAGGAAAUUCAAGCACAAGCGUGUAACAACAACAACAGUACAACGAAGUUCCCAAGGAACAAAUUAGGCCAAAAGGGUGGUCAUGACCACCACUACCCAGGCGACGAAGACGAUUUGGGGGAUCAAAUCAAGAGGCCCAACACCGGACCCACCGCCAUAGAUGGCGGUAAUCGCCUCCGGGGUUGGCACCAUUCGUCGCGGAUCAUUAGGGUUUCUCGGGCCUCCGGCGGCAAGGAUCGGCACAGCAAAGUGUGGACUUCAAAGGGGUUAAGAGACCGGCGGGUGAGGUUAUCCGUCACUACGGCGAUUCAGUUCUACGACCUCCAAGAUCGGCUGGGCUAUGACCAGCCCAGUAAGGCCGUGGAGUGGCUGAUCAACGCCGCUUCCGACUCCAUCGCCGAGCUCCCGUCUCUCAACAGCUCUUUCCCCGACACCCCCAAGCAGCUGAGCGACGAGAAGAGGCCGAGUGUUGGGAAAGAACAGGGUUUUGAUUCUGCUGAGGUUGUUGAGUUGGAGUUGGAUCAAGGUGAGGCCAACUAUCAGCAGCAGAAUCAGCAACAUCUUUCUUUGUCCAAAUCUGCUUGUAGUAGUACUUCUGAGACUAGCAAAGGCUCCGGUUUAUCUCUCUCUCGCUCCGAGAUCAGAGUUAACCGAGUCAAGGCGAGAGAAAGAGCUAGAGAGAGAGCAGCCAAAGAUAAGGAGAAAGAGAACAGCGACUCUCGGAUUCCUCCUCCUCCGCUUCAUAACCACCACCACCACCAUCAUCAUCAAAACAUCAACCCCAUUUCUCAAAGCCCUUCCUUUACUGAGCUUCUCACCGGUGGAAUCAGCAAUGUCAAUACCAACAGCAACAACAACAAUGAUAGUUCCAGUCCCACUACUGCUUCUGAUCAGCCGAAUUUGUUCCACAAGGGUUCUACGGCUAUGGCGACGGCGACGGCGACAGCGAUGCAGAUGGACUAUUUCACGACGGGGCUUCUUGGGCUAUCGUCUACGCGGAACCACCACCACCAUCACUCUUCCGGGUUCGCCGGGCUUCCCAUGGCGAUGCCGAUGCCACAGCCUUUCAGCGUUGUCUCUAGUGGCGGCGAUGGCCACGCUGCCGCAGAGGCGCUGCCACCUCAGUUCUCGUUCGUUCCCGAGCAACUGAUCGCUACGACAUCGUCCCAACCCAAUGGCAGUGGGGGUGACUACAGCCUCAACUUCUCAAUCUCUUCUUCCGGCCUUGCUGGUUUCAAUAGGGGGACCCUUCAGUCCAAUUCAUCACCGUCUUCUUUCUUGCCUCACCUCCAGAGGUUUGCUUCUCCUAUAGACGGAACAACAAACGUGCCCUUCUUCAUCGGAGCCGCCGCGGCCGCUUCGCCCAUGGAGAAUCACCACCACCACCACAACCACCAUCAGUUCCCAGCUGGGUUUGAUGGCCGCUUACAACUCUACUACGGCGACGGAGGCCGGCAUUCGGAUCAGAAAGGAAAGGGAAAGAACUGAAGCCAUUGGCAGAGUAGAUUCCUCUCUUUGCCCACCUUUCUGGAAAGUGAAGAUAAAGAAGUGGUGGAAAUGCUGUGAGUGAAAGCCUACUUCCCUUCAUCGGAUGAUUCCUUAUUAUUAAUGCUUCUAAUACUGUUGCUAUUUCUACACUAUCCAUUUUGAAGUCAAUUCAGCUUCCAUUCAUAUAAUUCGGAUAUAUGUAUCUAUGUAAGUGUGCCAUGGUCUGUUUUGAUGAAAAUUUAACUGACAAUUCCCAUUAAAAGUUAUUCUUUUUCCUUUCCAAAAAAAAAAAAAAAUGUUUGUACAAUUUCUCAAGUGAAAAGCAGCCGGCUGCUCCGUGAUUGAAUCUUCACGCGGAAUCUCCCAGUUUCAGGAACACACGCUUCAAUUGUUUUCCUUUCCUAAAGAGUGGAAGAAGUAU